AUGAUGAAGAAUAGCGCACUACAUAGUUCGGAAUGUGAGAAAGCGGAGCCAAAUAAGCUAUGGGAGGAACUGAUCUUACGCACCUUCGUGAAUCGUUUUGAGGAUGAAAUUCAGAGCCCUGUUGACUCGUACAAGACAUUAGAAUCAGAAUUGGCAAAGUUGAAUGUCAAAGACCCGUCAUUGUAUCGUUCCACCUACUCAUUGGUGUCUCCGAAUCGAGUUGAAGGCGUCGAAAUGCAGUUGGAGGAAGAGGAAUCAAGCGAUCGGAAGUGA